CUUCAGCAGUCAACUUCACGAGCUCCUAUUAACCGGCCCAGGAUGGCAGAGCUAGGAGUGUUUGCUGCAAGGAGACAAGAAGAUACAACCAGAGAAUCAGGCUUCGCCUACACCAACAGCAAUCAUACCAAAGAUCCUUUUGAGGGCCCCAACUACCACAUUGCUCCAAGAUGGGUGUACAACAUCUCAACACUCUGGAUGCUCUUUGUGGUCGUCGCCUCAACCUUCACCAAUGGCCUGGUACUGGUGGCCACUGCCAAAUUCAAGAAGCUCCAACAUCCUCUCAACUGGAUCCUUGUCAACCUGGCGUUCGCCGACAUUGCGGAGACUCUUUUGGCGAGCACCAUCAGCGUUUGCAACCAGAUGUUUGGCUACUUUAUUCUUGGACACCCAAUGUGUGUCUUUGAGGGAUUCACCGUCGCCACAUGUGGUAAGAUGCGUUUUAUAUGGACUCCAUUUU